AUGUUUAUAUUUAUAAUAUAUUAUAAAAUAAUUUAUGUAGAAUUCAUGUUAUAUGAUUGUGAAUAGAUUAAUAAUAAUAGAUUAUGAAUUUUAAUAAAUUACGUCAGUGUUAUAAACCUAUAUUUUUUAAAUUGUUAUUUCAUAAUAUGUUUGUUAAACCAGAAAAAAGUAUUUAUAAUAAAUUAUUAAAAAUCUCUUCAUAUAGGAUAUUUCCUUACGGUAAUUUACAAAAAAAAAGAAGUAUUUGCGAAGUCAUUUAUUUAACAAUUUAUAAAAAAUAUGAAAGUUCAAGUUAUCUCACAAUUUUCAACUUCACUUCUUAACAAUAAAAUCAUGUCCGAAGAAUCAUAUGAUGUUGGUUAUAGUGAUAUUUUAAGAGCUCAAAGAGACCGUGAUAUUUUAAUUAUUGAUGUUAGAGAAAAAGAAGAAAUUGGUGAAACUGGAAAAAUACCUGGAAGUAUUAAUAUACCAAUGUCUGAUGUUGAAAAUACAUUGAUAAACUUUUCGAAUAAAGAAUUUAAAAAUAAGUUUAACAAAGAGAAACCUUCCAAAAAUACAAAAAUCAUAUUUUGCUGUAGAGCUGGAAGAAGAAGUGGUAUAAUUCAGAAACAAAUGCAAAAACUUGGAUAUAAAAAUACCUAUAAUUAUAUUGGAGGAUGGCGGGAUUGGGAAAGAAGAAGUAAAAAAUAAAAGCAAAUGUUAAAAAAUAAUAUUUUGUGUAUUAAAAUGCUUAAUAAUAAUUUAAUAUUAUUCAUAAAA